UGCCACCCGAGGUGACGGUGUUCUCUGAGGACCCCGUGGAGCUGGGGGACCCCAACGUCCUGAUCUGCUACGUGGACAAGUUCUGGCCGUCCAUGAUCUCCAUCACGUGGCUGAGGAACGGGCAGGAGGUGACGGACGGCGUCUUCGAGACCGUUUUCUACCCGCGGGAGGACCACAGCUUCCGCAAGUUCUCCUACCUGCCCUUCAUCCCCACCCGGGGGGACUACUACGACUGCCGGGUGAAGCAUGAGGGGCUGUCCGCCGCCCUCCUGAAGCACUGGGAGCCCCAGGUGCCCCUCCCCGCCUCCGAGAGCACCGAGACCCUGGUGUGCGCCCUGGGCCUGGCCGUGGGCAUCGUCGGCAUCAUCGUGGGCACCAUCCUCAUCAUCAAGGCCAUGAAGAUGAACGGCACCCGCAACCAGCGGGGCCUCUUGUGA